AUGUCUGGACAGAGCAGUGGAGGGUCCCAGGGAGGUAGAGGAUCACAGCAGGGACCGAGGGUUUGUUUUCGAUGUGGACAGGCGGGUCAUGUUAGGCACCAGUGCACUACUUCUGGACCUGAAUGUUUUGAGUGUGGCAAGAUAGGCCAUAUGCGGGUAGAUUAUCCUCAGAGGAGGAGAGACACACAGCAGAGAUAUGGGGUUUCAUCGGCUGCUUCCACACCUACUACCCCUCGUGCACCGUCCGUUUCCUCAGGUGGCUCUGUUGGAAGAGGACGAUCACAGACCAAGACACAGCAACAGCAGUCACAGAUUCAGCCUGCAUUGACUCAGGGGAGAGUAUUUGCCUUAGGGCACCAGACAGGGUCGAAGCAUCCAAACUUCGUUGGAGGUACUUUUCUUGUUUUAAAUUGUUUAGUGAGAGUAUUGUUUGAUUCUGGUGCGACUGCAUCUUUCAUUACUGCAUCCUUGGCAAAGUCAAUAGAAUUAGAAGUGUCCCCAAUAAGACGAAUGUUUGCGGUGACUUCCCCAUUUGGGUACACUACUUCACUUGAGGGGAUGGUGGAAGGAGUGGUGUGUAGAUUUGGUGAAAUAGAAUUGACGGCGGAUUUAUAUGUCCUCAAUUUUAAAGACUUUGAUGUAAUUUUGGGUGUAGACUAG